CGGUAAACAUCUACGUAGCAACACAUCCGCCAGGUGGACAGCUGACUGCAAGUCUGUCAUUAAGUCAUUUGAGACAUUUACAGCUAAAUAUGAUUAAAGCUAUUUUAAUAUUUAACAACCAUGGGAAACCACGACUCAUCAGAUUUUAUGAAUAUUUUGCUGAAGACGCGCAGCAGCAGAUUAUUCGAGAGACUUUCCAUCUGGUGUCGAAGAGGGACGACAACGUCUGCAACUUCUUGGAGGGGGGAAGUUUGAUCGGUGGCUCGGACUACAAGUUGAUCUACCGGCACUACGCAACACUGUACUUUGUGUUCUGUGUGGACUCCUCUGAGAGUGAGCUCGGUAUUCUGGAUCUAAUACAGGUGUUCGUGGAAACUCUGGACAAAUGCUUUGAGAACGUCUGCGAACUGGACCUCAUUUUCCACAUGGAUAAGGUACACUUCAUCCUUCAGGAGGUGGUGAUGGGGGGGAUGGUGCUGGAGACCAACAUGAAUGAGAUCGUGGGCCAGGUAGAGCUGCAGAACCGCAUGGAGAAAUCAGAGGGGGGCUUCUCUGCAGCGCCGGCGCGGGCCGUCUCCGCCGUCAAGAACAUCAACCUCCCAGAAAUGCCUCGCAACAUCAACAUCGGAGACAUCAAUAUCAAAGUGCCCAGCCUCUCUCCCUUCUGACCCGGGAGCGGAGCAGGGGCUAGGCCCAAACGGCACCCUAUUCCCUAUGUAGUGCACUACUUUAGACCAGAGCCCUAUGGCACCCUAUAUAGUGCACUACUUUAGACCAGAACCCUAUGGCACCCUAUAUAGUACACUACUUUAGACCAGAGCCCUAUGGCACCCUAUAUAGUGCACUACUUUAGACCAGAGCCCUAUGGCACCCUAUAUAGUGCACUACUUUAGACCAGAGCCCUAUGGCACCCUAUAUAGUGCACUACUUUAGACCAGAGCCCUAUGGCACCCUAUAUAGUACACUACUUUAGACCAGAGCCCUAUGGCACCCUAUAUAGUGCACUACUUUAGACCAGAGCCCUAUGGCACCCUAUAUAGUGCACUACUUUAGACCAGAGCCCUAUGGCACCCUAUAUAGUGCACUACUUUAGACCAGAGCCCUAUGGCACCCUAUAUAGUGCACUACUUUAGACCAGAGCCCUAUGGCACCCUAUAUAGAGCACUACUUUAGACCAGAGCCCUAUGGCACCCUAUAUAGUGCACUACUUUAGACCAGAGCCCUAUGGGGGCUUCUGCCCUUCUGGUCUAAAGUAGUGCACUACACUAUAUAUCAGUGCACUAUAAGAUGUGAGACACACUAUAUGACCUAUACAGUAUGUCUUCCUAUGGGCCCUGGUCAAAAAUAGUGCACUAUAUAGGGAAUAGGGUGUAUAGGUAGUGCACUAUAUAUGGAAUAGGGUGUAUAGGUAGUGCACUAUAUAUGGAAUAGGGUGUAUAGGUAGUGCACUAUAUAUGGAAUAGGGUGUAUAGGUAGUGCACUAUAUAUGGAAUAGGGUGUAUAGGUAGUGCACUAUAUAGUGAAUAGGGUGUAUAGGUAGUGCACUAUAUAGGGUGUAUAGGUAGUGUACUCUAUAGGGAAUAGGGUGUAUAGGUAGUGCACUAUAUAGGGAAUAGGGUGUAUAGGUAGUGCACUAUAUAGGGUGUAUAGGUAGUGUACUCUAUAUGGAAUAGGGUGUAUAGGUAGUACACCAUAUAGGGAAUAGGGUGUAUAGGUAGUACACCAUAUAGGGAAUAGGGUGUAUAGGUAGUACACUAUAUAGGGAAUAGGGUGUAUAGGUAGUACACUAUAUAGGGUGUAUAGGUAGUACACUAUAUAGGGUGUAUAGGUAGUGCACUAUAUAGGGUGUAUAGGUAGUACACUAUAUAGGGUGUAUAGGUAGUGCACUAUAUAGGGUGUAUAGGUAGUGCACUAUAUAGGGUGUAUAGGUAGUGCACUAUAUAGGGUGUAUAGGUAGUACACUAUAUAGGGUGUAUAGGUAGUGCACUAUAUAGGGUGUAUAGGUAGUGCACUAUAUAGGGUGUAUAGGUAGUGCACUAUAUAGGGUGUAUAGGUAGUACACUAUAUAGGGUGUAUAGGUAGUACACUAUAUAGGGUGUAUAGGUAGUACACUAUAUAGGGUGUAUAGGUAGUGCAGAGCAGCGAGGGAGGAGGCUGACUGUAUGUUGGACAGGCUCCUUGUUACUGUGCUGUGUUAUUGAUGUGUGAAUCCUGGGGCUCCUCUCAAAAUGAUACAACUAAAUAAUAUACCACUGCUUUUCUAUUUAUGAAAUCACAA